CUCUGGUGAUGACACUGGUGAUGACACUGGUGACGACUCUGGCGAUGACUCUGGAUGAUACCGGAGAUGACACUGGUGACGACACUGGUGACGACUCUGGCGACGAUUCUGGCGAUGACACUGGAGACGAUACCGGCGAUGAGUCUGGAGAUGACUCCGGCGAUGACACUGGCGAAGAUACUGGUGAUGACACUGGAGACGAUACCGGAGACGAUACCGGAGACGACUCUGGUGACGAGUCUGGUGAUGAUACUGGCGACGACACUGGCGACGGCACUGGAGACGAUACCGGAGAUGAUUCUGGUGACUCUGAUGAUGGCUCAGCUACCACUACCUCGCCUGCCACUUCAUCCUCCGCUUCUCCAGCUGCCAGCUCAAGCGCAGCUGUCUCGGAACUGUGCAGCCCGCAAUGCACUGAAUGCCUGUCAACUGACACGACCGAUACCUCAAGCACGUCAUUUAGACGGUCCGGUCUAUUCAGCAGAGGGCUGACUCAAAGGGCCUCCAGCUUCCUCACCUGGAUGUCCACCCAGAUGCAGACCGCACAGCCCCUUGCUAAGAGCACUAGCGGCGUAACUACAUCCACAUCCGUUGUUUUUGGCAGCGGUACAAGCAGCCUUUCCCAGGCCAAUGUUCGCGGAUGUACUGUUCUCUACGUUGUCUCCAAGUACGCUGUGUACGAGGCGCACCUGUGGGAAUCCCCCGGAUUUGUGUCGAGCCAGAACGGCACUGUCGCCUUCAACGAGCAGGCAUUCCAGACCAACAUCAUCAGCUACCUGACGAACGACGUGAACCUCAAGCUGCCACAGCUCACCGGCUCCGCCGCGUACCCCGACCCUGGCACUGAGAUUUACAUUGGCACGCCUGUUGCCGCCAACGGACAAGGCGCAAAGUACGCGUCUCAAAUCUCGCGCAUCGCAUCAACAGUCAACCAAGCUCUUGGGCUGACUUCUGAGCCGGCUGAAUACUACUACACGCCCACUGGCACGGAUGGUGAAAACAACUGGCUGUUCCAGUACAACGAGAACGCCUGCAACAAACCUGUGUGGCAAAUUUUGUAUGGUGGUGUGGCGGAUAAUGCGCUGUGGUCAUCCAGCCAGACAUCUAGCUCCUGCGCCUCUAGUGCGGCGACGCCUUCUCGCACACCAGGAGUUCCUGCCUAUACCCCGUCCACCAUGAUGGUUAUGCCUAAAGCGACUCCUGCUUAUUAGCGGGGCUGCUAUUAAUUGAUCAAACUCGAGCAUGAGCUGAGCCUUGCUGCCAAUCUUGGACUUGUUGUCCUCCUUUUUCUGUACGAUGCCUCCACACACUCUCUUGUUUCUGUACGAUGCUUCACACAUUCUCUUGCUAUGUUACCUUCUUACCUUCAUUCACAAAUCUUGCUUACGCUUUCUUACACUCACUUGCUUAUCUUAUUGUCC